AUGUACUUUGGAAGGAUUAACCCUGUUGCAAGCUCAAGUCAGCAACCAAAACUUCAAACGGCGUUCAUAUCAAAUUCAAGCCCGUUUCCUCAAGUGACUAAUGUAAAUCCCUUUGGAUUUGUACCAGAGCAACCUCAAUCUAAACCUCAAUUUGAUCCUAGCGCCUGGUUCCCUAAACCACAAGCUGUUACCCCCUCACCUCAACCACAAUUUGAUUUGAGUGCCUGGUUCCCUCAACCUCAACCUCAACCUCAAGUUACUCAACCUCAAUCUCAACCUCAAUUUGACCCUAGCGCUUGGUUCCCGAAACCACAAGUUGUUACCCCUUCACCUCAACCUCAACAAGCAUUCUAUGGUAACAAUUUCACUCAACCGCAAAAUUCCAAUACAACCAGACUUGAUACUUCAAACCUUCCCAAAGUCAAUGUAGAAGUUGCUAAGGAACACAUGGAACUUCUUAGCACAAUGGUCAAUGCUUAUUGUGGGUGGGUUGCAGGUCAGAUUAAAAACAUAAAUCUGACCAAUGAAGAUUAUCAACAGAUUGAUAGGGAUGAAAUUGUCGCAACCCCCGUCCCCUAG